AUGGAGACUUUGGAGGGAGGUGAACUCUGUUUUCCACAGCUCCUCAACUCCUCCUGCAGGAAGCCAAGGAGUCUUCACUUUGAGGCCAUGCUGAUUUACAUUCUGCUGUCUUCCAUUUCUGUGCUCACUGUAUCUCUCAACCUGAUGGUCAUCAUCUCUAUCUCCCACUUCAAGCAGCUCCACAUCCCCACCAACCUCCUCCUCCUCUCUCUGGCUGUCUCAGAUUUCUUCGUGGGCCUCCUCAUGUUCUUUCAAAUUAUGCUUAUAGAUGGCUGCUGGUUGCUUGGUGAUGUCAUAUGUGUUGUCUAUCAGUAUCUAGCAUACAUUGUUACCUCUGCCUCAGUAGGAAACAUGGUAAUCAUAUGUGUUGAUCGCUAUGUGGCUAUUUGUGACCCCCUACAUUAUUCCUCCAAAAUCACAAACAAAAGAGUUAGGAUCUGUGUUUGUCUGUGUUGGAUCUGUUCUAUAGUCUUUCAAAGUUUAAAUCUGCAGGAUAAUCUGAAACAACCAGGCAGGUAUAACUCCUGCUCUGGUGAGUGUGUCAUUGUCAUUGACCACAUUGCUGGACUUGCAGAUCUUAUUUUGACCUUCAUUGUUCCCAUUACUGUUAUUGUUGUUCUGUAUAUGAGAGUAUUUGUGGUGGCUGUGUCUCAGGCUCGUGCCAUGCGUUCCCGUACUGCAGCUGUCACACGUGUAACUGUAAAAAAGUCUGAGCUGAAAGCAGCCAGGACUCUUGGUAUUGUUGUAGUUGUGUUUCUUGUAUGUCUCUGCCCAUUUUUCUGUGUCAUUCUUGCAGGCCAAGAAACCAUACUAAAUGCUUCAUCUGCUGCCUUUGUAAUAUGUUUGUUUUAUUUUAAUUCCUGUCUAAACCCUGUCAUCUAUGCCUUUUUUUACCCCUGGUUUAGAAAAUCUGUUAAACAUAUUGUUACAUUCAAGAUACUGCAGCCAGACUCCCGUGAGACCACCAUGCUGUAG